UCGCGGGGCAGUAACAUCAUCAAGCUCGGGCAGGCAUUCGUGACGGUCGUCGAAAAGCCAUGCCAGCUCGGCCUCGACGUCGACAUCGACAAGCUCGAGCUGAUCCAUCUUACAAGGAGGCGGUCCGCCCCUGGCUCGCAUGUCAAUGUCGCCCUCCCGAAUGCCCCAUCUCGGACUAUACACCUAGUCAACGUCAUGCGGUGGCUGAGCGUGUUCUUCGACCGGAAGCUUUCGUGGAAAAAAUGGCCACGCGGACGCGGUCGACCAUCGCAGGUCUGCGCAUUCUCGGCAACACCGUGCGCGGCCUCAGCGUGGCGAUCGCCCGCUUAG